AAAAAAUUAAUUAAAAUGGGUUUAUUUAAUUUAUUAAAACAAAAUCUUACAAUUCUAUUUCUACUAUUGGUUAUAUUAUUUUUAAAAAAUGCGCAUGCCAAAAAUCAAUACAAUCGCAUUAAUAAUACAUAUACAAUAACAAUACCAACAUUUAUAAAGAAUGCAUCGUCCCUGACACUACUAAAUUUAAAUAAAAAUGAUGAUGAUGAUGUUAAAUAUAAUAAUAUUGAAAGGAAUAAUAAUACUACUGAUGUUGAUAAAGAUGAUGGUGAUGAUGAUGCUGCUGAUGAUAUUAAUGGGAAAAGUUACAAAAUUCAAAGAAAGAAUUUUUUUAAAUCAAAUAAUAAAAGAUAUAUUAUUGGUGGUGAUAGCGAAUCUGAUACACAAAAAACAUAUAGUGUAGUUCAAGACUGGCAUUUGGUGUGUAAACAGCUCUGCGGAGCUGGGUUGGGUGGUCCCACUUGUGGGAUACAACCCACAUGUAAUGAAAUAAAAGAAGAAGCUAGUAAAAAGUAUAACAUCACAUCGAAGGCAAAUAGAUUGCUUGAAAAUAAUGUUGAAUCAAUUUGUCAAGAUUUAUGCAAAUACCAACUUGGUGAUGAAAUUUGUUCAUGUGGUAAACGUGUAUUUCAAAUUUCUGAAUCUAAUGAAUUAAAUGAUUUUGAAAGUGGUGGUGAUAGUAACUUAUGGGGUCGUAAUCAAAUAUGUCAUACAUUUUGUCAAUAUAAUGAUAUAACAAUAACUGGUUGUUCAAUAUGUUCAAAAGAUAAUAUCAUCACUGAAUCUACAGGAUCAACAAUAAUAAUAACAACAACAACAAGUUCAAGUAGUGUUGAUGGAAAACAAAAAACUAUACCAACAACACCAAAUUGGGAAAAAGUUUGCAAGGAUUUAUGUAAAUCUGGUGAUGGCGGGUCAUUGUGCAAUUGCGAUAAACCACCAUUUUUUUAAUAAUUGAAAUUAAAUGAAAAAAAGAAUGGAAAAGAAAAUGAAAGUUUAUUUUUUUUUUUAAAUUAAUUUUUACUUCUUCGUUCUGUUUCUGACCUAUAAAUUUUAUUUAAAAUAAUAUUUUAGGUUAGAUUAUGCUCUUAAAAAUUUUGUAACUAUUACAAAAAUUAUGUGAAAUCUCAUUAGUUUUAUUUGUUAUACUUGUUAUUUUUCUUCUUUUUUUAUUUAAAAUAUAAUUAUAUUUUAUUAAUGUUAUUUUUUUCAUUAAACAACAAUUGAUUGUUAAACUUUUAUAAAAUUUAUUUAAAUAAUUAUUUUUUAAUUUAAUUUUUAAUUUAUAAAUUUACAGUAUAUAAGAGAAUUAUAAUUGAGAAUAAAAAAUUAUAUGAAAAAUCCCUAUAAAAUCAAUUAAUUAUUUAAAUAUAUAGUUUAUAAUUUAAAAAUGAAUAAAAAAAUUUAUGAUUGAAAAAAAAACAGAAUAUAUGCAACAAGUGGAUUAAUAACGAAAGAAAAUUAAAAAAAAUACAAUACGAAAAUUUGUAAAAUCACGUAAUAUAAAUAUGAAAAAAAAAAAUAAAAAACAAAUUAAUUAAAUUUAUACAAUAAAAAUAUAUAGAAAAACAAGAAACGAACAAACAAACACACUUAUAAAAUAAGUCUUUCCAAAAUUUUUAAUUAAAAUUUUAGGAUUCAAACAAUUACUUGUAUAUUAUUCGCCACAAAUUAUAAAAUGGAAUUGAUUUUAUUUUUAUAAAAAAUAUAAAAAUUAUUCAAUAAAAUAUAACAGUUAUAACAGUUAUAAUAAAAUAUUUGUAUAACACAUAAAAGAGCCGAAUUUAUAAUAUAUAUAAUAUGUAUAAAAUUCGGUGCACAAAUCUUUUUAUAAUAUUAUAAUAAUAUUAACAUAUAACAUAUAUAACAUACAUAUUUUGAAAGAAUGAAGAACAAAUUUUAAAGAAAAAAAACCAAAUAAAAAAAAAAUAUACUCUGCGAUCAAUUUCAACUAAAAAAGAUAAUCAAAAAACAAAGAUUCAAUUGUUAUUCAAAAAAAAAAAAAUUAUUGUUCAAUCGAGCGGUGCACUUUGUUAUAUACCUAACGUAUAAAUACAUAUAUAACAUAAUUAUAAAUAAAUAUGUAUAACAUAAUUAUAACAUCUAUGAUAGAAUUAAUAAUUAAUAAAAUUACAAAAAAAAAAAUUAUUUUCGCAAAUAAUUAUUCAUUUCUCAUUAAAAUCAUUAUUAUCAUUAUAUCACACUUUUGUAUAACAGUUUUAUAAUAAAAUCAAUUCCAUAUUAUAUUCAAAAAUACUUGUAUAUUAUAUGCAUAUAUAAAAAUAUAAAAUAAAUAAUUUUAAUAAUAUCCUAAAAUUUUGCCUAUAUAUUUUAUAUAAUUUGAAGAAUAUUAUAUUUUUAAAUUAAAAAAAUACAAAAUAAUUAUAUGUAAAAAUAUAUAAUACUAAUUAAUAUAACAAUAUGUACAUGUAUAUAAAAAAAAUUAUAAUCUGAAACUAAGAAAAUUUUAUUUGUUUUUUUUUUUCUUAUAUACACAAAUAAACAUAUUUACAAUAUUUAAAAAAAAAACACUUCAAAUAAAUUGUAAUAAUAAGAAAAUAUUUAUUG